AUGUUUUCAUUGGAGUAUGGGAUUUUAGAAGUAAUUGUUCACAUUGGACAGAUUUUGAAUUUGAGAUCGUUUAUAUCGGAUCGGUGGUGGUUUAAACUUGCUGACAUUAAAGUCCCAAGAAGAAGCGAGGGGCUAGAGAGUUUGACUCAGAGUUUGUUGAACUAUGGUAUAUCAAGGGGAAAUAUUCAUAACUGGAAGGCAAUAAUGCUCCUACUUGGGUUAUUUUACCAGCAAUCGGAUAUCAGGAGAUAUAUUAUCACACAAUUAAGGGAGGUGUAUAAUUAUCGCAUAGGAGAAAUAUUGGAUUCGUUAAACAGCUUCCAGUUGGCGAAUUAUUUGAUGGAAUUAAUAGUUAACUGUUUCCCAAAAAAACACAAUAGCAGAGCUACUGUGCUAUCUGCACCGCAAUUUUGGAGAGAUCCUGCUAAAACAAAGUCAUUCUUCUCCGAUGAGCUUUAUCCUCAUCGGGCAAAGCACGGAGAAGAUGCCAUUAUUCAACUUGUAUUAAGUAGGUUUGGUAAUUUCUUCACAAAUUUUGGUUCGGUAAAGAAGGCAAUUUAUAUCAUUGGAAAAUCCAGUGGGGUAAAGACUUUGACCAAACAUCAAUCAUAUCUGCAGGUUCUUCAUCAGUCUUUAUAUUUUUGGGAUGGAGAGGGCCUCUUCUUUGAGAUUAACCCACGGAAAGUGACUAUAACAAGAGAUUUGAGAGAUACCUUAAAAGUCACCUUGAAUGACACUUUCUCAAAUUGUAUACUAUCGCCGCAUUCUGCAUGGCUCACGACGCUCAACAAAACGACAUCUUUCCAAUUCCAAACUAACGAACCCAGUACUAGUGAGAUGAUAUGGAAUGCAACCAAGUUGCCUAAAAUAAGUGAAGUUCAGACGUAUAUUUCGUUAAGGUUCCCCUCUUCAUUUGACGAUGGCAUCAUUCAAUCAUCGGUUCAAGAGUCCGGUGCUCAUACAAACAAUGACCCGAUUCCAAACACCGGAAAAACCCCUAUAGAGGGAAGUUCCUUUGCAAUGGGCCAAGUUACUGACACUUUUGGAACUCCAAAUAAAACAUCUGAUAGUUAUAUUGGUGGUCAAGACAUGGAGCAAGCGAUAGAUGAUAGUGUAUUCUCUUCAUCUCAAGCACCAGAGACACCAAGAAAGCUUAAAAUGUCUGUAUUUGACGACUCCAUUGAGCACGAUGACCAAUCUCCAUUGGCUAUUGCUCAAAAGCGUAAAAUAGUUAGAGCGACUUCCAAAACGUUAGGGGUCUUGAAAGAAGAAUUCAAAAGACAAGAACCAGUUAACGUAAUAUCAUCUGCGUAUGAUAUUCCUGAAGAGGUGGAAGAAGCCGAUAUAUCACCUUUAAAACCUCCUCCGCCUCCACCUGCGAAUAUCUUCCAAUCAAAGACUACCAAGCUGGUUCCCGCUAAGGAUAAUUCAUCUGGUGUGAAAAAGGUGACCGAUAUGUUUAAGCCGCUAAUGAAGAAAAAAGAAGCUGCUGUACUAGAUGAUAUCUUUGCGCUGCCAUUGCCCAAGGGGAAGAAGAAAAAGAGUGAUUCGGAGAAGAAACAAAGCGUAUUGAAUAACUUCAGACCGGUGGUAUAUGUGCCAUCUCAAGACCAACCACCUGCGAAAUCAAAGCUCGUAGCCGCCGUUAAUAAAAACAAUAAACUUGUUGUAAAGAAAAAGGUAGCUGUAGUACCGACGGUUCCCGAAGGUGCGAUUUCAAAGAAAAGAAAGCGUGUUGAGAACAAUGAAGACGUUUUUGCGCUGUCGGGUGAUGACGAGCAGACUCCGCCAAAAAGAGUUACCAGGUCAUCUAAAGGGAAGAAAGGAGAAGCAGCAUCUCUUGAAACCAAAACAAUUUCUGACGCACCUUCAUCAACUCCUCAUCCUAAAACGACUGACGUACCAAACCGCCCUGGUGGUUCUAACUCUGUUCUUAAUGGUAACAAUGCUGCUGACGCUGCGGAACCGACGCCAGAAAAGGAUAUUUCCAAUAAGGGCGAUGAAAAUAAGACACGUGACGAUUCUACAUUACGCAACGACAAGUCAAUGAUGAACGAAUCGACAAACACAGACAUAUCGAUGCUAAACUCGAUUACAGCCACGACUCCAUUCACCUCCGGUUAUUCGAAAAUGCCCGCAUUCCAAGGCUCUUUCACAAACCAACUACAAGAGCAAAUCUACCAUUCUGUCAUGAACUUCAGCAACGAACUAGCAAGGAAAAUCUCACUAAUAAACGGCGAAAUGAACAAAAAGAUCGUAAACGAACUCUCGGAAAAGUACAAAACAAUGUUCCAAGAGCUUCAAUCUAGUUUCCAAAAUGAUGUGGAAAAGAUCACUGGAUUUGUAGGCGAGAUCAAAGACAUGCUACAUCUCCCAGAAGAAGAACUACUAAAACUCAUUAGAGAUAAGCAGUUCCAUACUUGA